AUGCAGGGCUUCAACAUGGGCCGCUACGUCCCUCCAGACGUCGAGGGAACCACCAGCGGAAACCGUCUCCACGGGAAGCGCCCGCCCGGUUACCGCGCCGGCGGGCAAACCGUGCGCUUCGAGAUGCCCUUCCCAGUCUGGUGCUCAUCCUGCCCCAAGCCCACCAUCAUCGGCCAGGGCGUCCGCUUUAACGCUGCAAAGUCCAGAGUUGGCAGCUACUUUUCAACGCCGAUAUGGAGCUUUCGUUUCCGUCACGCAGACUGCGGCGGUGAGAUUGAGAUCAGGACAGAUCCUAAGAACACGGCUUACGUCGUGGUCGAGGGCGGGAAGAAGAGGGACACGGGUGAGGAUGCGCCGCGCGAGGGAGAUGCGGUCAUCUUGACAGAUCAGGAGAGAGAAGCUCUAAGAAAAAAUGCCUUUGCCAGUUUGGAAAAGACUAUCGAGGAUAGGGAGCAGUUGAAGCUGGCUACGGAGCGGAUCGACGAUCUCGCCGAGGCAUCGUCAAAGCACUGGAAAGACCCAUACACGCAGAACCAGAAGCUUAGAAAAGCUUUUCGCCAAGAACGCAAGGAGCGUGAGCGCACUGCAGCGGCAACGGAGAACUUACAGGACCGGAUGAGUCUUGGGAUUGACAUUGUACCCGCCACAGAGGAGGACGCCCGGCGCGCAGCCCUGGUUGAUUUUGGAUCCGCGGAUGAGAACGGACGAGACCGCGCACUCUCCAAACCCCUAUUCAAGAGUGAUAAAAAGCCGGCAAAGAGUAGCAGCAGGCUCAAGACCGAGAAGGAGGCAUCGAAGCGCAAAGAGACGCUGGUAUCAGAGCUUCUGGGGAACACCAGAGCAUCCACAGACCCCUUCCUGCUCAACCAUCGAAGCGAGCCGAAAGGAACUUCAAGACUCCCGGGACUCAAAAGAAAAAGACCCCAAGAGCCAGAGGCGCCAUCAAAAGCACAGGCACAAGAAGCGGUAACGGGGCUGGUGGAUUAUGAUUCAGAUUAA